AGUACAAUGUGAUAUUUUUAAUCAAAGUUAUUAAAGCGUUUAUUAAAUGUUUUGUGACGAGGAUGUAAUAUUGACGUGAUCAAUCGCCUGUCCUGAAGCUCUAUCUAAAUGACCCGAACAGAUUUUCAAAAAGGAAAAUCACAAAUAUAAAAAGAUGGACGACGCAAUUCUCGGUAUGAAGUCUUACGACUUCAUCUUCCUGUUCAACAAGACUUCCGGUAGCCCGCGCGUGCAGUACUUUAUGGUGGAUCCAUGGACCAAGACCCGGAUCUUCCCAAAGUGUAACUCAAUCGUCUUCAACAAGCUAACACAUCUCGUGGGCUUCCGGCCAGUUGUACUGGACGGAUGUCUCUACAUUAUUGGCGGGAAAGAUUGGGAGUCUGGACAGUACCGGGCGAACACGUGGCGUUACGACCCCGCCUCCGGUCGAUGGAGCGGCCGAGCAUCCUUGCUUGAGGCGAGAUGUCGGCACACCGCCGACGUUCUCAAUGGCUGUAUCUACGUCACAGGAGGGGAGAUCAACGGCGGUGGUGUGACGGACCUAUGCGAGUCGUAUGACCCGGUACUCAACACCUGGACCGCCAUCAACUGUCUGCCCCGCCCCCGGGCCGACCACGCCGCUUGUGUGAAUGACGGCAGCCUUUACGUUUCCGGGGGUAUCAGCAACCUUAAACAUCAGUGUUCUAACGUCUUCUGGGUAUACGACGCCGUUGCGAACGAAUGGGACGAGCCUAUACAAGGCGUUAUUUUGCCCCACGAACGGGAAAAACAUAAUAUGGUCAGCGUCGGAAAAUAUAUCUACGUUGUCUCGGGUCGCGGAUUUGACCAGGAGACGUGGUCAGAGAAGGAUGAGUCGGCCAUCUGUAGCUUUAACACCCGUAGUAAGGGUGAUACAAGGAGGGAAACAUGCUGGGAUGUGUUCCACCCCAACAUCUUCAACCCCCGGGCCAACGCUGGCGCCAUAAUGCUCGGACCACAUUUGUAUUUAAUUGGUGGGAAGAGCUUCCAGAAAGACUGUGACGUCAGAACGGUGGAGUGUUAUAACGUGAAGAAACGUAAACUGCGCGAAUCGUUCACGUUGCCGGAGGGUUACAGUUACGUCAAUGUGGACUGUGUUAAACUUAGUGUACCCGUCAGUAACACUGACAUCAGCUUUAACGACCUCCUCCUCUACGACAAAUGGAUAAUGUGGUGACGUCACUUCCUCAGAGGUGGAUACAGCUUGUUAGGGGGAAACGGUUGAGUGUGGGGCGGGAGGCGGGUGGGGGGAUAUGGGUUCAACGCGAAGCACGGGAGACAGGUUUGGGGUAAGGGUGUUAUUUUCUCAUAUUGAUAUUUCAAGUAACUGUCUAUGGGAGAACAUUUCAAGCUCUCGUCUGAACAUUAUGAGACUUUAUUUUCUAAGGUUGACCCCCGCAUUAUCUCAGAAAUAUGUAUCAUAGCGCGGCUGCAGUUGAAUGAAUACUUGCUCAGUUUUUUUAAAACGUGAAAUCAAAUAAAUUACAAGGGUUAUAAACAUCAAAGGUAGUACUUGUCUUUUCGCACACAACUGUCCAAUUAAGGUUCAGCACUGAUGUGACCUAUUGAUUAUAGCCAAUGCUGGUCGGUUUCUGUUCGUCUUAUACGAGUUACCUCCCCUACAUCAAUUUGUGUUUGUAUAGUCGCGAUAAUUUCACCAACAGUCGAUAGUUAUCUCGCUGAUAACUUCUAUCCAGCAAUUUGUUUUAUAAUUUGUGAAUCUGGGCCACAUACUCAGUUACCGAAUCAGGUUUGAUAUACAAGGUCCAGUAUUUCACAAUCUGAUUUAAUGGAAGGUGUCGUAUUAUACAGGUUGCCAGUUUAGACGGAACUCUUCGUUUGUUAUCGGCAAAUUAAAACAAGAAUGGGUUUCUAACAUUUUAUUGUCAUUCCAAUCUUUUGGUAACGUGACGUCAAUAUUCCGUCCUUUGCUUCGUUUUGUCCGCCAUUGUCGAGAAGCAAUGAUGCAAAUCUAUUAAACAGCACCACACACACACCAACCUCUACCUAUAUUGUGAUGGAACGACAUCUAUGGGUAGAUAUUGAAAUUUACAGCCCUGGUGAUAUAUAUCCAGAUGUAAACGCACUAUUGCAAUCUGAAACGUCAGAUGUAUACACAGACAUGAUACGAUAUAAUUUUAAUAUACCUGCUGUUAUUCACAGCUUGGUUCGUAAGAGGCGACUGAUGUGGAAACUACCUACACAAUUGGGAAUUUGCUUUUGCACUAUCUGCGUUUGGACACAAAAACGACCAAAAUGAAUCUGCUAUACUCAUUUCUAUUUUGAUCUCUUUUCUACUUCCUCUUUAUUUCAUUUCCUAGCGCCUUACUUUGCAAUAUCUCACUUCUGGUCUUAGUGUUGAACUUUCCGUGGCAAAAAAAAAAAUGUUAAAUUCUUCUGUCCUCAGACCCGGGCAUAUCGGAUUCGUUAAAAUGUUAGCCGUUCUUCCCUGCUAAAGACUAGUUUAUCCGUUGUAAGAAAAACUGUUAACGAGUGGAAUACUGUGCUUGGUGGUUUCGGCAUGGUAUUUUGUUGGGUACAGUGUACAGCACUAUAAACUAAGCAUUGAAUCCAUUCCAUCUCAAAGAGGCACACAUAAAACAAUACACACAUGGCAUCUCCUUCAAAAAAUAAUUUAGCAGUUAAAAGGACGAUAAACACAGGAAAAUCAAACGGACUAUCCAAGUUUCCUCUGGCCCUGACACCAGACUUGACAGAUAAAUGUCUGGUGUGGGGGCGGCCCCUACACCAGACAUCUAUCUGUCAACAUGUCUUAACUGGUGUCAGGGACAGAAGAAACUCAGGCUAAACAACCAUAUGCAUGAUGCACUUAUCAUAUCUUUGUAUGAAAUGGUGGGGUAGGUAAUGGUGAUUAUUAUAUGCUCUUUAUAAAGAUAUGAUAUGAUUAAAAAAUGCACGUUUUCUUCAAAAUGACAUAUUUUAAUUUCCAUUUUCCAUUUAUUGACAGAACUGCAUCCAUGAACCUCCCUUAUUUGUUAAAUGUGUAAAUGUUUCUAUUUCUUAAUAUAAAUUGAGAGUAUUUGCAGAUAUCUUCUGUGCAAGUACAUGGCGUUAGAAAAUGUAUAUGUAGUUUCUUUUUUUAAUUCUUGUAUACGGCUCUUAUUAGUGUUCAUAACUAUA